AUGGCAGAACAGUCUUCUCAGCCAGUUGGGAAAUCUUCUAUCCAUCUCAUCACGCAAUGCACUAAGAAACCCUUCAAGGAAGAAUCAGAGGAUGUUAGAGCAGCAGUUUUUGCAGCUGUGGAGGCAAUGAAAGAGAGGAAGUGUGCCGAAAUAGAGGAGGUAAAGGAACAGAGUGACACUGAGCAAGGACAUCUACAUGAGAUGACGGAUUGGGUAUUCACUGUUCUGAUGGGUGGUCUGGACCCUGCCAUAGGAGGUGCUUUGGACAUUAGCAGCUUCCAUUUCAGCCAAACAUAUCCUGACUUUACAAAGGGUGUUAUGGUCCCUUAUACUCAAUUUGUAGAGCGUGUUUUUCAUGAGUUUCAGUUCAGUGGUUCUGGUGCUGAAGCAACAGUGUUGACCAGGGCACAAGGUUCACUACCAUCCACCCCAUCUUCUUCAGGGUUACCAAGACCAUCCACUCCAUCUUCUUCAACUGCAGCUAUGACCCCAUCACACACUAACAUCUUUUCUGCGCCCACACCAUUACCUGCACUUAACACAGCCAGCUCAGGCACUAAUGUCUUUUUGGGGCCCACACCAUUACCUGCACUCAACACAGCCAGCCAGAUACCUUUAUUUAACCCUGAAUUUAUGUUCAACCCUGAUGAUAAUCAUUCAGCUGCAGUGCCCAAGGCUCCCAAUCAGUAUGACAUCAACUUCUUCUCCGAUUUUACCCCCAACCCAGUUGACACGGAUGAGGACAUGGAGCUAAUGCGACCCUUACUUUCCAUGCCGCCUCAAUCUCCCAAUACAAUGUCUGCUUCACCAUCCUUACUCCAGCUCCUUCAAGGUGCAACUAUGGAACCACACCUCGAGCAAAACCUUGCUCUGCAUCAUGGUUUCUCAUCACCUCCUCAUAUUGGCUAUCAAUUCAAGAAUUUGGGUGGGAUGACCACUGACCAUGAGGAUGUCUCAAUGGGGGCCACUCUUCUUCCAGCAUCGGCUUCCAUCCAAACUGCACCAUUUCCUGCCCUUCCUUUGGUUCCUUCCCUGCCAUCCAAACAUCAAAAGACAAAGGAUGCUGUAACUGAGGGAGAUGGCAGACUGCCACUCAUUGAAAAUAGCCCAGAGUUGGAGGGAGGUCAUGGGAAAUGCCAGCAGUUCCAGUCAAAUUGUGCUGCAGCAGCCAACAAUAUUGGUCAAAUCCAGGCUUCACACAAAGGCAAGUCCACACAUGUCAGGGAAAAAUUCAAAGUACUAAGCCCCACUCAAAAUCCCCAGGAACUGAAUCAGAAAGAAGGAUUGAUGGGUGAUAGGAAGCAAGGAACCAGGUCCAGGGAACCAAUCCAGCCAACAGCAGGCUUCCAGUAUGGCCUGCUCAGGGAUCGACUGGCUGAACUGCAACAGUAUCUCAAGGCACUACCAUCCAACAUUCCCAUACCAGAUGAAUCAAAGUAUAAUUUUUCCAAUUUCAGCCUGGAUGCCAAUUGGACUGCAGAAAUUGGAGAGGCUGCAGCCAUCAACUGA